GCCAAGCGGAUGUGGACAAAGAAUGUAAGUCCAAGUGUGUGUGCCAAGAAUUUGGUGAGAUGAAGUGUGCAAACCUUACCUGUGCUGCUGAGGAGGGAUGUAGUGUACGAGGCGGAGUCCAGGAUUGUCACGUGAAGCAGGGUUACUGCACGGUCAGUCCGGGUGGUUACCUGACCUCCUUUGAUGGCAUGUCAGGAGGAGUAGGAGGUCCAGGAGCAUUUGAAUUGAUGUCUCUCUGUGACGAGGAUGCAGCGCUGUGGUUCCGUGUGGUCGUGGAUGUCAGAGUUUGCAGUUACUGUGGAGCAAAGCAGGUCGUCACUGUGUUUGUGUACUUCAACAACACCUCCAUCAUAGUAAAAAAAAGAUCAUCUGGUCUGGGUCAACUGCAAAAAAGUGUCUCUUCCCAAGGAACUCACAAGUGAGCUUUCCAUCCACAUCUCUGACAUGACUGUGACCAUCGAGUGGGCGUCGGCUCUGAGGGUCACCUACUCGCUGUCUCAGGAGGUCACUGUCAUUGUUCACCAUAGUCUGUCUGGUAAAACGUGUGGCGCCUGUGGAAACUACAACAAUAACUCCAAAGAUGACAUGAGAA